UAUGUCGACAAACCCUUAACAAUGGAGGGUCUGGAGGUGGAAUGGAGAAGAUCAGACUCAGAGACUCUGAUUCAUCUGUAUCAAGAUGCUGAAGAUGAGGGAGAAUACAGAUGUAAAGUUUUCAGUGGGCAGGAUUCUGGUGAAACUGUGGUCGAAAUAAAACGUGUUGAGCGUUUGAUAGUCUCGGGAUCAGAUCACUCCAUAUCUGCGUAUGCGGGUGAAGACGUCACUCUGAACUGCUCUGUGGACUCUCACAUCACACCUGAAGAGAUUGAAGAGCUUUCAUGGAAGAAAACAGAUAAAGAUGGAGAUAUUCUGGUCCUGCUCUACCAAAACAAUGAACCUUUACCCGAAUCAUCACAUGAGCAAUACAGAGACAGAGUUGAGUUCUUCACUGAUGAAAUCUCCAAAGGAAACUUCUCUCUCAGACUGAAGAGUGUCAGAACUGAAGAUAAAGGAGUUUAUAUGUGUCAAGUGUUUGCUGGAGGAGUUUCAGCCAACACAACUGUAGAACUGGAACAACUGGGUUUGUCUGUUUUACACAUAAUGGUGUUGAUUCUCUGUAUCACUGCUGCUGGAGCUGCACUUGUGCUCUGUUUAAUCUACUUCACAUCGCAGAAAAAAGGGUUCAUUGUGAAAUAUCGGGAUCUCAGAAAAGUUCCUCUGGGACGUCCAGUGGUUCUGCCCUGUUUCAUUGAUCCUCAUUUACUGAAGAAAGAUCUGAAGGUGGAAUGGAGAAGAUCAGGAGAUAAAUCAGAUUUAGUUUGUCAGUAUCCAGAUAAUAAGAGUCGACCAGAGGACCAGCAGCAGGAUUAUCAUGAUAGAGCUCAUUUCUUUACUGACCAGAUUCAACAUGGAAACUUCUCCCUCCUGUUGAACAAUGUGAGAUAUAAAGAUAAAGGAGAAUACAGAUGCACCGGUUACAGCAAAUGGGGUUCUGUGUUUUCAGGCAGUGCAACGUUAAAAGACAAAGGUUCAUUUGCCGUGGUUGAACACACUUGUGAACUGGUUGUUCCUCUGGGAGGUUCAGUGGUUUUGCCCUGUUUAGUUGGUGAACCCUUACCAAUGGAGGAUCUGAAGGUGGAAUGGAGAAGAUCAGGAGAUAAAUCAGAUUUAGUUUGUCAGUAUCCAGAUAAUAAGAGUCGACCAGAGGACCAGCAGCAGGAUUAUCAUGAUAGAGCUCAUUUCUUUACUGACCAGAUUCAACAUGGAAACUUCUCCCUCCUGUUGAACAAUGUGACAGCUGAAGAUGAGGGAAAAUAUGAAUGUAAAGUUUUCAGACAACAGAGAAGUUUGUUUUCCGUCAGCACAGAUUUGGUACCGAGACUACUUGAUUCAGUCCUCCGUCUUCACGUGUUUCUGGCCUUUUGUCCAAAUAUCAUCAUGUUUUGUGCUUUUGUGUUCUGGGGUGUUUCUGAAGGAUCUGUGAACGAGACAGUUUGUUGUUGUGCUCUUUAUAUUGUGAGACCUCUAAUGUUGCUCUGGGCCGCUCCAUAUGUUACAGACUUCACAGGUCACAUUAAUAAACUGAUUUUGCGUCACAGUUAUGUUGCAGAAUAUGUUUUUCUCUCAGCUGUUAUUUAUUCAGCUCUUUUAAAAUCUUCCUUUGGAAAACUUCUGAAUUAUGCUGAGACUGAGAGAGUCAUAAUAUCAGUCUUCUUUGGGAUAAUGUUUCUGUACUGCCUCUGUAAAAUCAUUUACAUUUUAGUUGCAAAGAUUGGACAGAAAAGUGGACGGAUAAUUGACAUAUUUGACGUUGUGUCUGAUAUGAUCUUUGAGUUUCUGCCAAUAUUACAAUUCAUUCUUCUGUUCUACAUGUUUGGAUCAGGCAGAGCCGGACUUUUCAUUGUUGUGCUUUUACCAGUGAUGCUAACAAUGACAAAUGACACAAUGUUUGAUAGAUGCUUCAUCAGGCUCGACUUUUCAAUUUCAGUCAUCAGAACAGUGCAGUUAAUAUUAAUGUUUGUGAUGAAUGCAGCGAUGAUGGGUUUUCUCAUCAUGACACUGGAAACUGAAACAGAUCCUAUUGGAUGGGCCUGUGUGAUUGUGUUUCUGCAAAUACUCUGGACAGUUACGAAGAUGACAGAUAGCUAUUUUUCAAUUUCUCGGGGUUUUCAUCGUUAUGUGUCUGUGUAUCUGUUUGGAUCAGUUGGUGUUGUUUUAAUAAGCCUGUUGCUCUGAUGACAGAACUGAUACUGAAAACAGUUAAUGGUGAACGUGCUGUGAUGGAUCUGAGAUUCGUUCUGUUUCCCUCUGAAACUCUCUUUGUCAUGUCUCUGCUGAUUUUAGCAAUGUUUCCAUCCAUGAUUCCCAAAAUAUUAAAGUGUCUGCAGUCUUGUCA